UUCAGAGACUAAAGUGUCCUCAUGAGUUGGAUAGAAGAUGGAGACGGAGACGUGUUUGUCUUUCUCCUCGCAGGGCGGCAGGAGGACGCCACAAAGCUCCCCACCGCCUCUGGAGCACAGCGGCUCCUUCCUGCCGUGCAAUGAGCUGCACAAAGCCGCGCACCUCGCUCCUCUUCCUCAUCGCCUCAGCGGGCGCUCGGACGUGUAUGCCGUAGCAGCCGUGGGGAGCUUCGGCGAGGUCGACUUUACGCACGACGUGGUCCCGCCAAACCGCCCCGAGUCACCGGUCAAACACAGCAAGUUCUUGGACAGUUUGAACCAGGACCACAAGCCCAAUGUUAUAACAGGGAAGGCGCCCUUCUACGAGGUCACCUCAGAACUCAGAGAAAAAGGAGCUCUAAAAAGCCUGGGCUACUCUGGCAUGGGCACUGACUGCUGUGGGAAGUUGAAGGAGGCAGGCGGAGGCUUGCAGGGUGACUCCAUCGCCGACUCCAUCGACCUCUCGGGCAAAAACAAGAAGCGGCGCAAUCGCACCACCUUCAGCACCUUCCAGCUGGAGGAGCUAGAGAAAGUCUUCCAGAAGACGCACUACCCAGACGUGUACGCUCGUGAGCAACUGGCCCUGAGGACCGAGCUCACCGAGGCCCGAGUUCAGGUUUGGUUUCAGAAUCGUAGAGCCAAGUGGAGGAAACGGGAACGCUAUGGGAAGAUACAGGAGGUCCGCAACCACUUCACGACAGCAUAUGAUAUUUCUCUUCUUCCUCGCCAUGACACCUACCAGAUGCAGGGCAAUCUGUGGACGGGGGCGCCAGGAGGAGGUGGCGGUUCGGGUGCUGGUUGUGUCAUCGGACAUGAGUCGUUACCCCCAUCCUGCAUGGGUCCAUACCCUCACCCUCAUAGCAAUCUGCAGGGCUUCAUGGGCAUUCCCACAUCACCCAGCCAUCACCAUCACCCGCCGCACCAUCCAGGCAUCAACAGCCUUUAUUCUCUCCACGGCUUCCCAGGAACCCUCGGAUCUCCAUCCAUCGAGGGUCCAGAGACCGAUUACAAGCCCACGGGCCUAAUGGCACUGCGUAUGAAAGCCAAAGAUCCCGGCAGCAUUCUCUCCUGGCCUACAUGACAACACUGUCAUCUCCCCCGCAUACACUGACUGAGCCAAAGCAUAUUAAUCCCUGACCUGUACGCAGUCCCAGAUGUACACACCCCUCUCAGCGUACAACUCCCAUAUUUCCUCUUAACAUUUCUUAACUUGGAGACUUUUCAAAACUAUGAAGAUUUUGCAAUUGGAAAUGCAUGAAGCCAAAGCGCACUGUGAGACCAAAAAAUACAAAUUCUUGUCUGGACAUUUCUUGUUUCCGACUGAAGGUUGAUAUCACAUUGCUGCAAGACCAAAGGAAAUGUUAGUAAACCCUGUAAUUAUUAUUCUAGUAAUCAUUGUUCGAUGUCUGUUUUGCAUUAUAGUGUGACCAGUAAU